AUGAAGGGGAAGAGCGACGUCACGGCGGAGAGCGUGUUUGCCCGCUUGGAGUUGCAAUCCGGGAAGAAGGUCAAGGGGGUGCAAACGGACCGGGGCGGGGAGUACGUCAACGAGGGAAUGACGGCCAGAGAAGAGAGGGACGGUGCACCGCACCACGGCGGGGCACUCUCCCGAACAAAACGGUUCGGCGGAGCAGGGAAGUCAAACCUUAGCCACUUGCGGGUGUUUGGGGCGCGUGCCUACAUCCACGUGCCUAAGGGCAACCGGAAAAAGUUGGAGCCGGUGAGCGAGCGAGGGGUGUUCUUGGGGUACAAGCUCAACUCCAAGUCCUUCCGGGUUCUCCGAGAGCGGGACGGUAGGAUUUUGACUUCCCGCGAUGUCAUCGUGGAUGAGCGCGGGCCCUCCGUGAUCGUUGAGCUUGGCUCCGAUCCGGGGAAGGAGGAGGGGGGUGCUCGCGGUCACCCUAGUCGUGUGAGCACCCCGACUCGGAUCGGUGCCGACACUCAGCCCGGUGUAGGGGCUACUCCGACGGAAGAGGCCGACACCGUGAGCGAGGAUCCCGUUGAGGAAGACGGCGCUCAAGAGCAGACGGCAAGAAGAUACCUUGCACGCGGGUGCCCGCGAGUGGUACCGAGCGAGUCUAGCGGCGGAAACGGGGGAGCAUCUCAACGGGUCGGGGAGCAUCCGGAGCCGCAAACGUAUCAAGAAGCCGUCGGGGAAGAAGAGAGCGAGCUUUGGCGGAACUCCAUGGACGAGGAGAUGCGGUCCUUGUUGGAGAAGGGGACGUGGGAGCUUGUCGGAAAACCGGAAGGGGUGAAGCCGGUUCCCAUGAAGUGGGUUUACACGAUUGAGCGAAAUGCGCUUGGGAACGUGGAGCGGUACAAGCCGCGACUUGUGGCGAAGGGGUACUUGCAAAAGCAAGGGAUAGACUUUGAGGAGGUCUAUGGCCCCGUGAGCAAGCACAGCACGUCGUGA